AUGGCUGCUUCUGAUCUGUCAUUGCUUUUGCCAAGGGUUCUCAUCGUUUCUCGACGUACCAUUCGAAAGAACAAAUUUGUAGAUUUUGUCGGUGAGUAUCAUCUUGAUUUGAUUGUAAGAUAUGGAGCUGUUCCAAUUAUUGUCCCUAGAGUCACUGGAAUUCACACUCUCUUGGACAGUUUCGAGCCUAUCCACGGUGUUCUUCUUUGUGAAGGUGAGGACAUUGAUCCCUCCCAUUAUGAUGAUCCUGAACUCUGUGGACUUACACCUCAAGAGCUUGAGGCUAUAAGGGAGCUUCACCCAAGUGAUGCUGCCAUUGAUAAAGAAAAAGACUCCAUUGAGCUAAGGCUUGCAAAACUCUGCCUUAAAAGAAAUAUACCUUAUUUGGGUAUAUGCAGAGGCUCUCAAAUUCUUAAUGUUUCAUGUGGAGGCACACUUUACCAAGAUAUAGACAGAGAGAUAGUUGAGAAAAACCAUGACUUUCAAAGAGUGGUUCAUAUGGACUAUCUAAAUUAUGAUGGACAUCGGCAUUCGAUAAAUGUUAUCGCAAACACUCCUUUGCAUGACUGGUUUAAAGAUUCUUUUGUGGAUGAGAAAAUGGAGAUCAUGGUGAAUAGUUACCACCAUCAAGGUGUUAAGAGAUUAGCACAGAGAUUUGUUCCAAUGGCAUUUGCACCAGAUGGUUUGAUUGAAGGAUUUUAUGAUCCGGAUAAUUAUAGUCCUGAAGAUGGUAAAUUUAUUAUGGGACUUCAGUUUCAUCCAGAGAGAAUGAGGAACCAUGACAGUGAUGAAUUUUAUUAUCCUGGAUGCAGUAUGGCUUAUCAGGAGUUUGCAAAAGCUGUAAUAGCUUAUGAGAAAAAACUUAGCAGCUCAAUACUUGUCCCCAAGUGUCCAAAGCUAAAUGAGGAACUUGAGCAAAAGCGAAAACAGAUUGUGAAAAGCUUUUCGGUCGCUAGAGACAUGUAUAAGUCCGAUUCUCAUGUCGAUGUGAGCCAAAGUUCUGUACUUCAACCUGGAGCAGACUUUUUACAGGCAAGUACAGCACUAAGUUUGCAGCAGGAGAAUAGGCUAAAGCAGGUUGGUGCAACAUAUAGAAACGGUUCGAGUUAUGCACAAAAGAUGAAAAUGAAUCAGAUGAGGGAGAAGGCAGCUAGGAACAUGAUGUCAAAUAUGUCUGUUGAACAGAUAACAGAAUUGGUGUCUUUUUAUGGAUUGAUGCAUCAGAUAUGUUCUGAGACAAUUGACAGGAAGAUGAAUGAACUAGUAGUAGAAGAAAGUUGA